AUGCCUCACGAUCAUCACCACCACGAUGCCUCAUGCUCGCAUGAGCACGACCAUGAUCACGACCACGACGCGCCCGGCGGCGGACCGCAGGACAACCUCUUCGCGCAUAUUGACCGCGCAAACGCCGUCGCUUUGAACUCGACUACGUCGGGCUCUGUUGUGAUCAAACCCUGGCAUGAGAGAACAGACGAGGGAGCCUUCAUUGAGAGCGACGCAGACGACCAGCUAAUUGUUCGCAUCCCAUUCACCGGCUCCGUCAGAUUGCGCUCUCUGUUGCUCAAGACUGGGCCAACCGACCAAACGCCCGAGAAAGUGGCCAUUUUCGCCAACGCGGAUGACCUUGACUUCUCCGACGCGGCGGACAAAGAGCCGUCCCAGGAGUUCGCGGUAGCCGAAUCUCGCGAUGUCGGCGAGUAUGCGCUGAAAGCUGCGCGGUUCUCGUCGGUAUCAUCCAUUACCCUCUUCUUCCCGGCGUCCCAAGGCGCAGACACAACCCGCAUAUACUACAUCGGCUUCCUGGGCGUCUGGUCCGAGAAAAAGAACGCUCCGAUCGUAACCGUCUACGAGGCACAGGCAAAUCCAGCGGACCACCAAAAGAUCCGCGGCACAGAGGGCAACUUCAGCGCGCCGGGCACGUAG